AUGUCUCAAUACAAGACACUGUUGUCGUGCACUCAGUCUUGUUGUAUAAGAAGUGACUGCAAUGUUGUCUUCUUUCACAACGAUUCGUGUUUUCACAUAACAUGUCAUACAAUGAAGUCAUGCGAACCUAUGAAGAGAACGGGCGGUAAAUAUAGUAAAUCUUCAAUGAUUUUGAUCAGAAAUGCCGACCAGAAUAGCGACGACUCUAUCUUUGCAACCGAUUAUAACGACAAUCCGAAUGCUGUCGAGGAAUAUACAGAAUCUAAGCAGAGAAGGGAAGACUCCAUCGAUUCAAUAGUCAAUGACUAUAUGUCCGGCAAUGAGGCCGAAAGACCGCUACGUUUUGAGGACUCGGACCGGAUUUGUACGAUAGGCGAGAGUGAUUGCGCAACCAAUGAGUUGUGCAAAAAGUCUAGUAAUAGACGCCGACAGGGAAUAUGUGUCUGUCGUAAGGGAUGGCAUAGAAAUGAGCGCCACGUUUGUCAACCAGAGUCCUUACAAUAUAGGAGUUCGGAUCCAACACUUGAUAAAUACGCGGCCGAAGAGGACCCUAAACUGCAGCCAUUGAAUGAACAGCAGUCCAGUAUUGACACCGACUCUAAAGUGUUGAAAAUCAAUGAAAGCACGGGUGGGUCAACACAUGUGGUUGUGUCGGCCGGUCGUAAUCAAACCAUACAAUUGCCCAAAGACGAGGUGACGCUCUCGGCGUUUGUGUUGCCCUCAUCGCAGUCAUACAAAUAC